UCUAGAAGCAAGAACUAUGUGAUUGUAUUUGCUGGGAUGGAACACAGCGGAUAUUAUAAGUGCCGUGCCAGCACUGGCGACACAAGUGAGGUUGUCACGUUGAGUGUUAGCCAUGGUCCGGUCAUCCUUCGGGCUCCUCUCUAUGUAUAUGAAGGUGACAACAUAUCUCUCCAAUGCUACAGUCCUCCGGAACUACUUGCAAUGCAGACAAUAUUCUACCGGAACAAUCAGACACUCUGGAAAUCCUCCACCAACUAUACCCUACAACUGACUGUAAAACAUACAGACCUGACAGCCACCUACAGAUGUUCCAAACAUUUUCCUGUCACCAAAACGUACAGCGCCGGGACCACUAUUUCCUACACAGAAAUGUCUGGAACUGUUCCAGUGACCAUCACACCAAACUGGAACAAGUUACUUACUGGAGAGAAUAUAUCAAUGACCUGCCAUGGAGAAACUUACCUGACUUAUCACUGGUUUCACAAUGGUGGGUGGGUGGCAGAAGGACAGAUCUACACAAUCACAUCUGUUCAGGUUGGACACAGCGGGUUCUACCAGUGCCGGACAAAUCAAGGUGUUAGUUUAAUAUUCAGCCUGGAAGUCAGCCAUGGUCCGGUUAUCCUGCAGGCUCCGUUCUUUGUGUAUCGGGGAAGAAACAUAAAUCUAAAGUGUCACAGCCAUCCUGAUUAUUCUGUAAACUGGACAACACUCUACAGGAAUAAUCGUCUCAUAUAUGGACCAUCCAGGGAUCUCUCUUUCCCCUUUCUUGAAGGAAACUAUGACUGGUCUGGAACAUACAGAUGUGAGAGAACAUUAUCCCGGGAGGAAUAUGUAACGUACACAGAUGAAGUGUCCCUACAUGUCAGAGACCUGUUCACCAAGCCAAAUAUUACCACCACGCUGUAUACAAUGACAGAGGGUGACAACAUGACCCUGACAUGUGAAACG